AUGGCUACUCCAUCCUCCGACUCCACCAUCAGCCUGCGUCUGCUCCUAGUUUUCCAUGGCUCCCCUCGCCGCAUGUGCCACCGUGACUCUUCCUGCCUUGCGUUUCCAAGGGAACUGAAGGAAGUCUUUGCGUCCUGGCGCGUGCGAUGCGCUGAGAGAGGAAGAGAGGACAUUGCAGAUCGACUGAUCAGUGGUUCCCUCUUCCUGCGCUUCCUGUGUCCAGCCGUCAUGUCGCCAUCCUUAUUCAAUCUCACACAGGAAUACCCCGAUGAACAGACCUCACGCACACUCACCCUCAUAGCCAAAGUUGUGCAGAACCUUGCAAACUUCUCAAAGUUUGGCAGUAAGGAGGAGUACAUGUGCUAUAUGAAUGAGUUUUUAGAGAUGGAGUGGGGCUCCAUGCAGCAAUUCCUCUACGAGAUCUCCAAUCUCGAUACCGUGAGCAACGCCGUUGCUUUUGAGGGCUACAUCGACUUGGGAAGGGAGCUUUCGAUCCUGCACAGUCUUCUGUGGGAAGUCAUGGCACAACUAAGCAAGGAUGCCAUCAUCAAACUCGGACCAUUGCCCCGCCUUCUUAAUGACAUCAGCAUGGCCCUCCGUAACCCGCACCUCCAGAGACAGCCCAGUCACCAGACAGACAGACAGCCUCCAGAGAGACAGACAGAUAGGCUGCUCUCCCGGCCCAGCUUCAACAGGGCCAUCUCAUCCGAGUUCCAGAACCUCAUGAUGAGAGACCUCAACAGUUCAAUCGACAUCACUCGCCUGCCCUCUCCAACCUCUGCCAUGUCCAGUGGCGGAGCCCCCCCGUCCCGAGCUGGAAUGGGGGGUUUUGUGGAUCGCGAUCAUCCUCACCGAGCCUCAUCUAAAGAAGUUUUCUAUGUUGCCCGUCCCCCGUUGGCCCGCUCUAGUCCAGCGUACUGUACUAGCAGUUCUGAUAUCACUGAUCCAGACCCAAAGGACUCAAGAAUGAACAGCGUCUCUAACCUGCAGUCUAUGGGGGACAUGCUCAACUCUUCCCAGGCCUCGAUUGCCGGCCUCGGCAGCUACGGUGGGCUCGCGGCCUUGGGAGGAGGCCUCGGAGGUCAGCUGCGCGCCGGAGGGCGUUUGUCGGCCGGGUCCGGCGGUUCCAGCAUGUCCGGGGGUCUGAGGUUGAGCCAGCUGAGCCAGAUGGGAGCCACCACCGACUCGCUGUCCCAGCAGCAACAGCAGCAAGCCGCCGCCCUCCGCUACCCCCUCUCCUUCCAGAACCCUCUGUUCCACCUCGCUGCUGACGGGCCUCAGAUUCACCACCAGCACAGUCGAGCCCAACCUCCUCCUCCUCUCCUGCUGGCCCCUGAGCCGGACGCCUCUCACCCAGCGUACAUCCCCCAGUUCGCCCAUGGUGGUUUCUCCCGAAGCGAAGACCUGUCCACCCUCAGACCCGGCCCUCACCUGGGUCAGCCGAGCAUCAUUCACUCCCACAGCUACAGCGACGACUACACCCGCCAUAACCAGAGUGACUUCAGGGGACGCCAGCUCUCGAUGCACAUGCAGGAGCAGCAGCAGUUGGCAGGCAUGGCAUCGCAGACCGGCACAUCUCAUUCAUCACUAGCCACGCCUCCUUCCACCGUUCAGCCAGUCCGUCAAAGCUCCAUGGCUCCUCCCACACAGCGCAUGAAAUCGCAACCCUCACAUCAACUUUCCGUGAGUUCUGCCGCUGCCGCCACCCCUGCAGCAAAGACCAGGCCACAGAGCGGGAACCUGCUCCAGUCCCCGGAGUCUGGCUUCGGGAGCCGGCAACAGGGGCCCCGGCAGCAGCUGUCCGUCAAAGACAGCACCCCCCCGGGCCUGCCCCAUCAGCAGAGCUCCACCAGGGAGAGCCAGGGAUCCCAGGGCUCUCAGGGAGGAACGCCACAGUCCACGCAGCAAUCGAAAUCACAUCAGGAACGCCAGCAGGUCCAGCAACAGCAUCUGCUCAAGCCUACCAUGAGCAAACAGGGCUCUUCCCAAUCUCCAUCCACUCUCAACCCCACGUCCCCCGCCUCUGAGCGAACCGUCGCCUGGGUGUCCAACAUGCCCCAUCUUUCUGCUGACAUAGAGAGUUCCCGCAUCGACAGAGAAGAGUUCAAGCUAAAGGAGUAUUCCAAGAGCAUGGACGAGUCACGUCUGGACAGGGUGCGCGAGUACGAGGAGGAGAUCAACUCUUUGAAGGACCGUCUGAUGAUGUCACACCGUAAGCUGGAGGAGUACGAGAGGAGGCUGUUAACUCAGGAGCAGCAGACCAAUAAAAUCCUGCUGCAGUAUCAGAGCCGACUGGACGACAGCGAGAGGAGACUGAGACAGCAGCAGAUGGAGAAAGACAACCAAAUUAAAGGAAUUAUUGACAGACUCAUGGCCGUGGAAGACGAGCUGAGGGUAGGGGUGGUGCCUGAGCAGAAACCCAGGAUAUUCGCAGACCAGGGGAGGCGGCAGUCCAUCCUAGUGCAGCCCCGCCUUGCACCCGUCCCACUGCGAAUGCAAAGCCAAACGCAAAGCUUCAUGGAGGACAAUCUGGAACCUAAUUGGAGGCCUCACCAAGGACACUCUUCAGGUUGGCCGAUGUUUAAUUCCAGGGCGCUGUCACGCGAUUCGGUUGGUUGACAGAGGGGAAACUGAGGCUUAGACUCAGUGCCAGAGCCGAUCCAAAGAAAAAAUAAAUAGGUUCCCCUCCUCUGACGUGCCCUCUCUCUCUCUCUCUCUGAUAUAAUUUGAUGUGAUGGCAGUUUGGGAUGCUUAACAUCUGUCAGACGGCUGCUGCGUGCCUCUUAACAGCACGAGAGAUGACGUCGCAUGCAGCGCAAGUGGUUCGUUGAGAGAGGUUCUGUGGAUAAGAUCAAUCUCAAAGGUGCUGUUUUUUAGGUUCUUAACUAACUACAUGUAGGAUAUUGAACAAUCCUCUACUUCUUCUCAUUACGAUCUUCAUUAGCUCUGCCUGGUCAUGCCUGCCUGCGUCUCAAUCAUGUCUUUUAUUUUGGGGAAACAGAACACGCCCAGCCUUUUUAUUCUCAAGAGACGCUGAGUUGUCCUUCAGCGGAUUCGUUCAGAGGCUGGAGGUCUCCGAACUUUUGUUUCCACUGCUUGACUGGACCUCACCCAGAUAUUUACAUGCUGGUAAUGUGAGACAAGAACUGAAAAUAAUCCUUUUUAGAUCCGCGUGUUUAUGUGACAAUCUCCUUGCAAAGAAGUAUCGACAACCUGUUAUUUUACCUGCUCCCCCUCCCCGCAUUUUGCUACGUCCCGGAUCCUCGGCAACUCCUUCGUAUGUGAAGGAAGGAUGGAUUCUUUUACUUUUUAACUCGCUUUCGUUUUUGCUGUGGAGUUCUUGAUUUUAUGGACGACACUGUUUGGAUGCGGAAUCCUCUUGUUUAGAGAUUUGGCUGGCGAACGUUUGUGGGUAGUUUUGAAAAGCCAAGCCAAGUUGCUGUUUUAAAUUGAACUUUAUUUCCUUUGAGCUGAGCAACACAGACGUUUUUUUCUGCUUCCUUUUUACACCGCUAGACAAAAAUAUCAAUGUUGAGAGAUCAUGCAGGUCGAAUAAUGUUGUGGGUGACUGUGUGUAUAUACAGUGUGUGUACAGUCUUUGUGUAUAUACUGGAUGUAUGGUUAUACAAUAUAAAUAUAUAUAUAUAUGUGUAUUUGUACAUAAGGUAUGUUUGUAUAUGCAGUGUACAGAAUGUGUUCUUUUACACCGAUUUCCCUUUUUCUCGACAUGUGGACAAGAAAAAGCAUAACAGAACUUUGUGGGAAUUAAAACUCACGCUGGCGACUCGUCGGCGGAUGUCUUCGAAGCACUUUUUGCUCAGGCUGAUUGUACGCAGUCUGAAAGCGGGAGUCCGCCGCGGGGUUUGCCAGUCUAAAGCUUGCACUCAUUUUCUCACUGAUUGAGGUGUUUUGUAACAGGUUCUGGGUGACCAAGCAAUGCUUGUACAUAAAUAUAUAGCCUAGGCUUAAUACCUACCGUAUGUAUGCAUAUAUCCACUUUUCCAGACAUAAGUCACCUGCUAAUCUUUGCAGCUUUUGCAUCUCCUCUUGCUUUCAGUUUCAAUGCGGUGCCGUGCAUCAGAUGAGGGUUUUUUUUUUGUUUUUGUUUUUUUGGAUCGCUCUUGUGAGGAGACGUUCCCAUUUUACUAUACUGACCUUUUAUAUGGCUUGAUGCUUUAUUCCCUCAUUACUUGCCUAGCAACUCUUCCAUGCAAGUAAGCGCUUCUUUGUCCCCUGUAAAUGAAUGGAGUUCCCAUGAUGUGCCUCUUUCUAAUAAACUUCAGUUGAUCUUUGUCAGCCAUAAGCCAAUCACACUCAUCUUUCUUGACAAGCCAUAAGCCCCGCCCCUAAAUUUCCAUUUUUGAAAAGGGCAGACACUUGGGAAUUUGAUUUCUUUUUGUAUAUAUUAUCUUAAUAGAAAGAGUGGUAUGUCAGAGUGUAUUGCCGAUGUUUUUUGGAUUUGUUAUGAAUGUUGAUAUUCUGGUUAUUGAAUUAUGAUUAUUAUUGUAAAAAUAUAAUGACUGCUGUUAUCAUUUCAUCAUUCUUUAGUUUAUUCAAAGCUGUUGAAGACUUUCAUUUCUUUUUGAAUAAAUCGGAAUUUAUAUUUUUCGGGUGGGCUAAUUAUAGAAAUGAAAUCAAUUAAACAGAUGAAUAAAGAAA